ACUUCAGGCAGCGUCGAGACACCUUCAGCCCGGGGUCCUUACUGAGUAUCUGUCAAGACGUCUCAGAGGGGAUGGAACACCUGGAGGCAAACGGCUUCAUACAUAGAGACCUGGCAGCGAGGAACUGUCUGGUGAACGAUGCUCUGGUGGUGAAGGUAUCAGACUUUGGAAUGGCCAGGUACGUGCUAGAUGACCAGUACACUAGUUCAUCAGGCUCUAAGUUCCCAGUCAAGUGGUCUCCUCCUGAAGUCUUCAACUUCUGCAAGUACAGCAGCAAGUCUGACGUCUGGUCCUUCGGUGUGUUGAUGUGGGAGGUGUUUACAGAGGGGAAGAUGCCGUUUGAACACAACCCUAACCACGAGGUAGUGCUGAGAGUGUCACGAGGACACCGUCUCUACAGACCCAGGAUGGCCACGCCCAACAUCUAUGACAUCAUGCAGCUCUGCUGGCACGAGAAAGCGGAGGAAAGACCAUCGUUCUCUCAGAUCUCCAUCUUGAUCUCUGACGCUCUGGAAGAGGACGGCUUCUACUCAGCCUGAACCGACCAAUCAAAUCCUCUCCUCUGCCUGAACCGACCAAUCAGAUCGCAACCACCAAUCGGAUCUCCUCAGCUCUACUCGAUGGAGGACUGCUGAUCCAAACAUCCCACACCACUCUGUAGUGAUGGAUCUCUCAAGAUGGUUGAUCACGACAAAAAGCUCACGUCCAGAUACCAUAUACUGUUUUACCUCUUCUAUCCUGUCUGACAUGCUCACGUCCAGAUACCAUAUACUGUUUUACCUCUUCUAUCCUGUCCGACAUGCUAACGUCCAGAUACCAUAUACUGUUUUACCUCUUCUAUCCUGUCUGACAUGCUAACGUCCAGAUACCAUAUACUGUUUUACCUCUUCUAUCCUGUCUGACAUGCUAACAUCCAGAUACCAUAUACUGUUUUACCUCUUCUAUCCUGUCUGACAGGAAACUGGACUGUCUUCAUUCUCUCCAGUCGUUUUGUAAUUUAACUGAACUAACUCAAGCCCUUUGCAUUUCACCCACACAGCUAGUCCUGUUAGUGUAUAGUACAGUAGGUCCAUUCAUUCAUCGUGUCCUAACACAGCUAGUCCUGUUAGUGUAUAGUACAGUAGGUCCAUUCAUUCAUCGUGUCCUAACACAGCUAGUCCUGUUAGUUUAUAGUACAGUAGGUCCAUUCAUUCAUCGUGUCCUGUUUCGAUACUCAAUCACAUGUCCUCAAUCCAGCUGCCUUGUAUAUUUAUAAGGUAAAUGUAUGUUUUUAAUGCAGCAGAUUAAAUGUAAUUACAAUAACAUGAAUGACAAUACUAUUUUCUUAUAUG